AUGGCGGCCUUCAAGCAAGACCUGUUCAGGAACCUGCUCCUGGGCCUCCGGGCGCGCACGACGGAGGCGGCGUGCCCCUUCGACGCCAUGAGCCUCCAGGAACGGAAGCGCGCCAUCAAGUGCUCCGCCGACGUCGCCAUGGCGGCGGCGCGCCGCGGCGUGGCCGGCGCCGCCAUCGGCGGGCGCGCGAGGUGGCCCAAGGCCAUCUUGGCCGCCGCCGCUGCGUCCAGCUCCAGCCACAGCCCCGGCGGCACGUGCAAGGUGAGGAAGAGCGCGUGCUGCAAGAGGCGGGUAGCGAGGAGGCGCGUCGACGCGAAGAGGACGAUCAGGGGCUACGCCGCCGCGGCGAGCUGCGACGUCGCGCGGAGGCUGGUGCGGAGGAGGACGAUGGCGCUCCGGAAGGUGAUACCCGGAGGGAGCGCCGCCGCCAUGGACGAGGCCGCGCUGCUCCGCGAAACCAUGGACUACGUUGUCCAUCUGCGCGCCCAGGUCGACGUGCUCCGCGCCGUCUCGGCAGCCGUGCAGAGAUCCACCUUCCUCGGGUAUAUAUUUGUGUUGCAUUUUGUGGAUCCAAUGAAAGACUAG